GUUCUGUCUGUUGGUCUCAGGACAUUUGCACUUUGUUGGAGCCUCACAGAUCAAAAAUAAAAUCAUGGGCUCUGACUGGUCACAGGAAGAUUAUGACCGUGUCUCUCUUGUGGCGUAUGAAGAUUCAUUACAGCAGCCGGGCCUCUUCCCAGAUGUGGGCAUCGAUGAGUCUCUGCUGAAAUAUUCUGGCCUGAACUCCGCCGCUGCUCUUCAGUCCUACUUUGAUGAACUGAUCGACAACGUGCCAGGCUACUUUGAGAAGCUGGUAUCUGUUUUUGGCGAAUUGACUUCAGUCCCACAUGCUGUUGGACUUGGUGCAUUGGUGAUUUCCACGAUCUUGGACAUCUGUAUCAAGAGCACCAGACAAAGCAGUGUUGAUUCAUACAGCAUGCUGCGACGUGUGUUUGGUGAAGAGAAAGCCUCAGCUGUCAGGGACACAAUGUCAGAGUAUCUGAAGCGCCAUCGCAUCUACAUCAACAAUGAGCAGCGUCUGCUAAAGGACCUACGGACUCUGGAGCUGCAGCUGAGCGGCCAUCUCACCACCCUCAGAAACUCCCUGCUGUAUGACGGACAGAUGAGCUCUCGUGGGUUCAAAAUCUGGGUCAACGGAGCCUCCUUCCACGUCCAGAUGUUGAUCCAUGAGGCACGGCUCAAAACUCAGGCUGGUGAGAGGGAAUCAGACUAUGUUUCAAUCAGUAAUGCCAUCGACGUGUAUGUGCAGGAUCUGGAUGAGUUACUGGAGAAAUACAAGACUUACAGAACCAGUACUACUAAAACCGGGGGGCGUGCGGGUAUUCCGAUGUACGGCAUAGAAAGGGAAUGCCAUCUGCAAAAUACUGAGACGGGCUGUGAAUAUAAAUUGAGACAGACUGACUUUUGUUGCUAUGGCAUCGUUGGUUUUUCAGACGAACAACCUAAUAUGAUUAAGGCUUAUGUAAAUCACGUUUUCUCAAAGUAUGAACCAAUCGCAAGCUUGAGGAGUCAUUUCUCAAACAUCAAGAACAACCUCAACUCUCUCAUCAACCAACAUGACUCGUUCACUCUGCCACCAAGAACCUGACAUCGCUUCGUCCGGUUGGCUUUAGUUCCUCCAGCUUCUUCACCUUAAAUAUCACUGAUCCAUAACAAGUAAUGUGCAAAAUGAUAAUGCUAAGGAAAACUAGUGUAAAAUAAUGAACUUGUUGGUUUUAAUUCUGCUUUGUGAAGUGACACAGUGGACUGAGGGGACUGUAUCAGGAAGAACUGAGUCUUUGUAAAAGACUGAAUGGAAGCUUUGUCACGACUGAUAGUGAAGCUGAUUUACUUUUUUGAUCUGUGUGUAAAUUAUGUGUACUUUUUAAUUUUCUGUGUUGAAAAAUGUCAAACUCCACCAGUGAUGUGAUUUGUGAUCUGGAGCUUGUUGUCUAACGAUGUUCGGACACAGACGUUGCUCAUUUCCACCUCCACCCGUCGUGUUGCUCAUAAGAAUCUCUCACAAAAAACGAACAUAGCAAAAUUCUACAAGUUAUAACAUAAUUAGACGUAAAUACUGUCAAAAAGAAACAUGUUACAAACGUUAAGUUAAGAAAACCAUGA